AUGGGACGUUCACCUUGCUGUGAAAAAUCUCAUACAAACAAAGGCGCUUGGACCAAAGAAGAAGACCAAAGACUCAUCAAUUACAUCCGUUUACAUGGUGAAGGAAGCUGGCGUUCCCUCCCAAAAGCCGCAGGGCUGUUGAGGUGUGGUAAAAGUUGCAGAUUGAGGUGGAUAAAUUACCUAAGGCCUGAUCUCAAGAGAGGGAAUUUUACUGAAGAAGAAGAUGAAAUAAUAAUCAAACUUCAUAGUUUGCUUGGAAACAAAUGGUCGUCGAUAGCUGCAAGAUUGUCUGGGAGAACUGAUAAUGAGAUAAAAAAUUACUGGAACACGCACAUCAAACGCAAGCUUAUUAGCCGUGGUAUUGACCCUCAAACCCACUGUCCACUCGACGGCAGUGCCACCAGCAACACCACUAAGGCUCCUUCUUUGGACUUCAGAAACCCAGCUCCACCAUCAUCAGAGAAACCCACUUUGCUGAUCAAUGAGGCCGGGAACAAGUGCAUGCCUCCAGCAGACUCGUCAAACGACACCAAAUGCAACAGCAGCACCACCGAGGAGGCUCCCCCACCGCUAGAGCAAAACACUCCACGUGCAAAUGCAAUUGACCUUGAACUAUCCAUAGGACUUCCUUCUCAAUCAAAGUUCAAGAAGACUGCUUCUUUCAACUCAUCUGCAGUGUCUAAGCUUUUCUGUGAUUUCUUGCAACCGGCAGAGACACCAUCUCCGGCGAUGCCGCUGGUGGCAUGGCCAAUUAUGUGUUUUUGUUGUCAGUUAGGAUUACAGAAGGGUCAGUUAUGUAGAAAUUGCCAAGGUAGAACUGGUCUAUACAGAUAUUGCUGA